GGGGCAUGCGUAGUGCCGCCGAGGGUGAAGGCUCACUUGGAGCAGCGGCGGCGGUUAACGGAGCUGGGAGCCCUGAGGUCAGGUUGUACGUCAAGAAAACAUGGCAGAUCCUUGGCAAGAAUGUAUGGAUUAUGCAGUUACAUUGGCAAAGAAAGCUGGGGAUAUAAUCCGUGGAGCACUCAAGGAAGAAAAAUCCAUUAUGAUUAAAAGUUCACCAGUAGAUCUAGUGACUGAAACUGAUCAAAAAGUAGAAAACUUCAUUAUCUCAUUGAUAAAAGAAAAGUAUCCUUCUCACAGCUUUAUUGGAGAAGAAUCGGUUGCAGCUGGAGGGGGCAGCAUUUUGACAGAUAGCCCCACAUGGAUUAUAGACCCUAUUGAUGGAACUACCAACUUCGUGCACAGGUUUCCAUUUGUGGCAGUUUCAAUUGGCUUUGUUGUAAACAAAAAGAUAGAGUUUGGAAUUGUGUAUAGCUGUGUUGAAGACAAGAUGUACACUGCCAGAAGAGGAAAAGGGGCAUUUUGCAAUGGCCAGAAACUUAAAGUGUCAGGCCAAGAAGACAUUACAAAAUCCCUUAUAGUGACAGAAUUGGGAUCAAAUCGUGAUCCAGAGACUAUAAAAAUUGUUCUUUCUAACAUGGAAAGACUCCUCAGUAUUCCUAUUCACGGGAUUAGAGCCGUUGGUACAGCAGCUGUGAACAUGUGCCUUGUGGCAGCGGGUGGAGCUGAUGCCUAUUAUGAAAUGGGGAUUCACUGCUGGGAUAUGGCAGGGGCUGGAAUCAUUAUUACUGAAGCAGGAGGUGUACUCCUGGAUGCGUCAGGUGGACCAUUUGAUUUGAUGUCUCGGAGAAUAAUUGCAGCAAGCAGUCGACCUAUUGCAGAGAGAAUAGCCAAAGCACUUCAGAUAAUUCCUCUGAAAAGAGAUGAUGCAACUAACUGAAUACCAAAGCUGCACCUUUAAACAUACAGUUGUACAACGGUUCUCUCUCUCAUGUGGUGGUUGUUCCACACCUGGCACCUGAUUUAAAAAAAAAGAAAAUAGAUUGUGUUCUUUCAGUACUGGAUAGCUUAUGGUGUGACUGUGAAGUAGUGUUUUGAGAUUGGACCAAGAUCUACGUAAGCUUUUAUUGUCAAGUAUUCUAUUUAGCAUUAAAAACACAUAUUUGCUUCCUUUUAUAGAUCUACAACUGCUGUUUUGAAGCUUUAUACUACACUGGAAAGCAUAGCUAAGACCCUUUAGUUACAUAAUAACAAAACAGAUUCAGUAUCUCAGCGCCACACAGAAGCUUAAGGCAAUACUGUUUAUCCAUUCUCUAACCUUUUCUCUCCUGACUGUUGUUUCUUUUUCAGUAUCAUCAAUGUAUCAAUUUCCUUAACUUGUUAGGGUUUUUCUAGAAGUAGUUUAUGUAUUUCUGAAUGUUUUUUUUACUUGCUUGUAGAUUGGGAUCUCAUUUAAAGCCCCUUUUAGUUACCUGUCUUUGUUUUUGUAGUCAUGGUUCUACCUUUUUUACAUUAGAUAAACACAGUCUCCUCUUUUGCUUUUUAUGUGGCCAAUAUUCUUGCGUAUUUAUUACAGUUGCAGAAAUAAUAACUACUGUGCCAGGAAAACAUGUUUUUCCCAAGAAUAAGUUCUGAGCACACUUCCUAUUGACAGAUGGACUUGCUCCAGCUUAAGAUUGAAGUAUGGCUUAAAUUUGUCCUGUCACUUGGAAUUAUCAGCUUGUAUGUACUAGGUUCUUACUCUUAUUAUUUGAACCGUAAUACCCAUUAAUCUUGUUUGAGUUUCUCCAUGAUUAAUUAAUUUCAGAACCUAAGGAAUAAUUGAAGUCUGAACUGGCAAAAAAUAAGCCAGUAGUCCAGGCUUCUUACAUCGUUCUCUCUGAGUUAUAAAAGCGAUGACUGACCAAGUUCAGGUUUCCAUUGUGUUAUGUUAUGGAUAGGCACAAAAGAAAAUAUGUUUCUAACCCUAAGUGUUUUCAAAUCUAAGAAAUACCAGUAAUCUAAUGCUGUAUAGUUCUAAACUUCUAAAACUAUACAGUUCUUUGCAUUUUUGUACUUAAAAGUAUCAGUCUACUGACCAAACAGUGAAUGCACUUUAAGAAAAAACCUUAAUUUAGAUCAUUUUUUAACCUGAUUUUUCUGCAUCUGACGUCUCCAAAAUAAAAUUGUUUUAUAGAGAUUGUCCAGUCAGAAGACAGCAACGUUUUGGAAAGCCUGAUUUGUACUGCUGUCCCACUGUCUUUGUUUUGGCAAAUGAUCUUCUCUCUUGACAGUUCCAGCAGUAAUUUGAGCUUUUAAUAUCAGUUCUUUUUUUUUUUUUUUCUUUUUUUUUUUUU